UACCUUCCCGUUUCUCCAACCAAACUGGGCCUAGAAAACCCUAAUUCACCUCCAGCAGCGGAAAUAUAAUACGUUAACGAUAUCAGUCUUCCAAUUUCCUGCCAAAACCUAAAAACCUAGGGUUUUUUCACCUCCAGACAUGGGAAAAGGAACAGGAAGCUUCGGUAAGAGGAGGAACAAGACUCACACACUGUGUGUCAGAUGCGGCCGCCGUAGCUUCCAUCUCCAGAAGAGCCGUUGCUCGGCUUGUGCCUUUCCUGCUGCUCGGGUCAGAAAAUAUAAUUGGAGCGUGAAGGCAAUCAGAAGGAAGACCACAGGAACUGGCCGUAUGAGGUAUCUCCGUCAUCUUCCCCGCAGGUUCAAGAGUAACUUCAGAGAAGGAACUCAAGCAGCUCCGAGGAACAAGGGAGCCGCUGCAGCCUCUUAAGGUUUCAAAGGAUAAUUUCAGUCUGUUUUAGUUUCCAUUUCUUGAACUUAGCAAGAGAAACAAAUUUCCAUUUUGUGUAUUGCGUACUGGUUUAUUAUCAGUUACAAGUUGUUUGGCUAUGUUGGGGAUUUUGAAUGACUGCUUUAAUUUGAUGGUGAGAAGUUGUUUCUUUUA